UGCGGCGGAGCGGAUCAGCUCCGGAGUCCCCAGGCACAUCGCCGGAGACGGACAGCCGCGACAGUUCGUGUCUGCCUGCGCUACCUUCAACAAUGCCCGCCGCCGUUCCGACGCUAUUGUCGCGCUGCCGCUCCCUCGCCGCCGUCAAGCAGCUCCAUGCCCAUUUCCUCUCACACUCCAACUGCCCCUUUCCCUACAACCACUUCCUCUCCAAGCUCCUCUCCCUCUGCUCCUCCUCCGCCACUGCCGCCUCCGACUAUGCCCUCCUCCUCCUCUCCUCCCACCCGGCCCCCACCGCCUUCUCCUACAACGUCGCGCUCCGCUUCUUUGCCUUCUCGCGCCCGGGCACCUCCCUUCGCCUGUUCCUCCGCAUGCUCCGCGCGGAGCUCCGCCCAGACGCCUACACCCUCCCCUUCCUGCUCCACGCCGCCGCGCGCAGCCCUGCCCCCGCGCUCGCUCGAUCCGCCCACGCGCUCCUUGAGAAGCUCGGGCUUAGGGACCACGACCACACCGUACACUCUCUAAUCAUCAUGUACUCCUACCUCGGUGAUCCUCUUGCUGCUCGCAGGGUGUUCGACGGAAUUCCCCGCCGGGACGUCGUCUCCUGGAACUCUAUGCUGAAGGCAUAUGAGCGGGCAAGGAUGGCGGCUGAGGUGGAAGCGAUGUUCCAGUGGAUGGUUGCUGAGGGUGCAGUGGCGCCCAACGGGGUGACUGUGGCAGUUGUGCUCACGGCGUGCAGGAAUGCCGGCAACUUGGUGCUCGGGAGGUGGGUGGAGGAGUGGGUGAGGUCUGCAGGCAUGGAGGUCGACUCUCUUAUUGGGUCGGCGCUUGUGGGGAUGUAUGAGAAGUGUGGAGAGCUGGUAGAGGCUCGGCGUGUGUUUGAUGGCAUCAGUGACAAGGAUAUCGUGGCAUGGAAUGCCAUGAUCACCGGGUAUGCGCAAAAUGGUAUGUCAAAUGAAGCUAUAGCAUUGUUUCAUAGCAUGAGGGAAGUGGGAGUGCAUCCAGACAAGAUAACCUUGGUUGGGGUCCUUUCAUCCUGCGCUGCAGUUGGUGCUCUGGAGCUAGGGGCUGAACUGGAUAGGUACGCCUCAAACAGUGGCCUCUACAGCAAUGUCUUUGUGGGAACAGCCUUAGUGGACAUGUACGCUAAGUGUGGAGAUCUUGACAAAGCCAUGCAAGUUUUUGGAAAUAUGCCAUGCAAAAAUGAAGCCUCAUGGAAUGCAUUAAUCUGUGGCCUUGCCUUUAACGGUCGAGGCCAUGAUGCUAUUCAGCAGUUUGAACUGAUGAGAAAUGAGAUAGGAGUCAAGCCGGAUGAUAUUACAUUCAUAGGAGUGCUUUCUGCUUGCGUGCACGCAGGACUACUUAAAUAUGGUCGCUCUUUAUUCAAUUCCUUGACACCUGUGUUUAAGAUCAUACCCAAGAUUGAGCACUACUCCUGCAUGGUUGAUUUGUUGGCACGUGCUGGGCAUUUGGAAGAAGCAUGGGAUUUUGCUGAGAAAAUCCCUGGCAAGGCAGAUGCUGUGAUGUUGGGCGCUUUGCUUGCUGCUUGUCGGAAAUGCAAGAAUGUUGAGGUUGGUGAGAGGGUCAUCAAUAGGAUUAUGGAGCUGGAGCCAUCAAACUCCUGGAACUACGUGGUGUCAUCCAAAAUAUACGCAACCUCGGAUAGAAUGGAUGACUCAGCAAGGAUGAUAGGAUUAAUGAGGGAGAGGGGUGUCAGCAAGACUCCAGGUUGCAGCUGGGUUGAGGUUAAAGGCAAAGUCCUUGAGUUCUAUGCAAGCGCUGAACCACAGCAUGGUGCGGAAGAUAUGUAUCAACUUAUGGACAUACUGGUAGAUGAGAUGAGACUUGAGGGAUAUGUUCCAAACCUUGAUCUGGUGUAGCAUGCAACAGAAGCAUGCUGCCUCUUCUUCUUGAAGCAAAAGGGAGGAUCUCUCCAAUUUAUUGAGAAAGGGGGAACAUCAGAGUACAGAUUGUGAAAUAAAAGAAACAGAAGAACGAAAGGAAAAAUAGCAGCCUACCAUGUGGUGGGACACCAUGCUGUAAAAAUAAAUGAAAAAGAAGCAUCCCAAAGAUUGAAGCCCUACAGAUGAUACCCUCUGCCUAAUUGCAACGUCCUAUCACUGGAAGCGUGCAAAUUGAAUCAUUAUUGAAAAUUAUGCGGCCUUUGCUUUUCUAGAUUCAAGAUGUUUAAUAAAGCGCAAAUGAUUGUUACAUGAGUCUCCUGCUUUAUCUCUUGGAACCCCUUUAUGGGCUACUUCCACCACCUAGCCUGGUUGAUUGUUGCAUGGAGUCUCCUGUCUUGGAACCCCUUUAUGGGCUACUUCCACCACCUAGCGGGUUGUUCCUCCACGAAGAUGGUAAUAGAGUCCAGUUACACCAUGGAGCUCGCUCAAUCCACCCACGACUCUUAAUAAUGCAGGACAAGGUACAUGUAACAAUUCUCAAGAUGCUUCAUGGAAUGUACUGGAGAACAUGCAUUGGUGUGCGUGUCAGGUAUUCUUUAAGAAGCACCCGGAAUUUGCAAAGAAUGACAUUUUAUAUAACUGGAGAAUCCUAUGCUGGGCACUACAUUCCAGCAUUUGCAAACAGAGUUCACCAAGGAAACAAAGCAAACGAGGGCAUUCAUAUAAACUUAAAGGGUUUCGCUAUCGGUAAUGGUCUCGUCUCACAGACCCACAAAUCCAAUGCAAAGCCUACACAGACUAUGCAUUGGAAAUGAACCUUAUCGGCAAAUCUGACUACGAAAGGAUCAACAGGUUCAUCCCACCAUGUGAAUUUGCAAUUAAUGCUAAUGAUUCAGGUACCGAUGGGAAAGCAUCAUGCAUGGCAGCUUACAUGGUCUGCAAUAAUAUUUUCAACUCCAUCAUGAAGCUUGUUGGGACAAAGAAUUACUUAUGACAUUAGGAAGGAAUGUGAGGGGAAACUUUGCUAUGACUUCUUAAACUUGGAGAAGUUCUUUGGUGACAAAGCGGUCAGGCACUUGGAGUUGGUGACAUUGAGUUCGUCUCUUCAGUAGUACGGUUUAUGAAGCAAUGCUCACAGACUGGAUGAGGAAUUUGGAAGUCGGCAUCCCAGCUCUACUAGAGGAUGGGAUCAAUGUCCUUAUAUAUGCUGGGGAGUAUGACCUUAUAUGCAAUUGGCUCAGGAACUUGAGGUGGGUUCACUCGAUGGAAUGGUCUGGCCAGAAAGACUUUGUAUCCUCUAGUGAGACAUCAUUUGUAUAGAUGGUGCUGAAGCUGGAGUUUUGAAGAGCCACGGACCACUCAACUUCCUCAAGGUUCACGAUGCUGGCCAACGGACCAGCCAAAGCUUCCCUGGAAAUGCUUAGGAGAUUUACCCAAGGAGAACUGAAGGAAUCGGUUCCUGAAUCAAUGGUUUUUAAGGCUGUGAUGUGAUUGACCUUAACAGAAUUACUUGCUAGGUAGGUAGUAUGAGGUGUCAUCCCAUCGCUGAAACUUCUUGUUUCAUUUAUUUUAUCCACCACGUGUCAACUGAAUUUACCCCUGAGAAUAACUUGGGCGUGCAAUGUAACUACAGUCCCAUUCAUAAUGGAAAAAAAAUCAAAUACACCGAGGGGACAAAUGUUCAAAGCCUUGUCUGCUGAUGUUGUAAAGCAUUUCAUGUAUACACGCUUUGAUCCGGAAAGAAAUGGAAAUGGUUUCUGAAAGAGUUCGUUGGCUA